UCGGGGCAGAAGCCCAGAGACGCCGUCGUCGACGUCGCCAGUGCCUGCGCCUCUGUUGCUGUCUGCGACCCCCCAGCCCCUCUCUCCGCCCGAGGCCCCGAGUCGGCCCUACCGCCGACCCCAGCCGGGCGCUGCGAGGCCCCUGGCGUUGGCAAGGCCGGGCCCGGCCCCGACGCCGCUCCGCCUCGCGCAGAUCCCGACUGUCUCGAAUUGCGUCUCAGCGCUGUCUUCUUUCCCAGGACUGGUUUCGUGGGGGCCGCAGGCGCGCAGACUCGCCCCCCGCCGGAGCGCCCCGGCCCGGCCCCGGAGCGGCCCCUUGUAGACGUUCUAGAAGCCUGCUGAGUGCCGUCCCGGCGCCCGACCGCCCACCGUCCGGCCCGCUGGCCCGCUUCUUCCUGAUGCAGACUGCCGUCCACUAGAGGCUGGACGGACCCCCGAGCUUCCAGGGUAUGGAUUGUGAACAAGUUGGUUUUGUUUCACAUGUUCAUUUGUGAUUCAUGGCAGGGGACGUGGAAGGAUUCUGUUCCUCCAUCCAUGACACCAGUGUCUCUGCUGGGUUCAGAGCACUGUAUGAGGAGGGAUUGCUUCUUGAUGUCACUCUGGUUAUUGAAGAUCAUCAGUUCCAGGCCCAUAAAGCACUCUUGGCCACCCAGAGUGAUUACUUCAGAAUUAUGUUUACCGCAGACAUGAGGGAGCGAGAUCAGGACAAAAUUCAUUUAAAAGGUCUAACUGCUACCGGUUUCAGCCACGUCCUUCAGUUUAUGUACUAUGGAACUAUAGAACUGAGUAUGAAUACUGUUCAUGAGAUUCUUCAGGCUGCCAUGUAUGUUCAACUUAUAGAAGUGGUGAAGUUCUGCUGCUCUUUUCUAUUAGCAAAAAUCUGCUUAGAAAACUGUGCAGAAAUUAUGAGACUCUUAGAUGAUUUCGGUGUAAACAUCGAGGGAGUCAGGGAGAAGUUGGACGCCUUUCUGCUAGACAACUUCGUACCACUCAUGUCCAGGCCUGACUUCCUGUCUUAUCUGAGCUUUGAGAAGCUCAUGUCUUACUUGGAUAAUGAUCAUCUGAGCAGGUUCCCAGAGAUAGAGCUGUACGAGGCUGUGCAGUCUUGGCUGCGGCAUGAUAGAAGACGCUGGAGACAUACCGAUACCAUCAUUCAGAACAUCAGGUUUUGUUUGAUGACCCCAUCCAGUGUUUUUGAGAAGGUUAAGACAUCAGAAUUUUAUAGAUACUCCCGACAGCUGCGUUAUGAAGUUGAUCAAGCCUUGAAUUACUUUCAGAACGUUCACCAGCAGCCUCUGUUGGACAUGAAAUCAAGCCGCAUCCGCUCUGCCAAACCCCAAACUACAGUAUUCCGAGGCAUGAUUGGACAUAGCAUGGUUAACAGUAAAAUACUUCUCCUAAAGAAACCAAGAGUCUGGUGGGAACUGGAGGGCCCACAAGUACCUCUGCGUCCGGACUGCCUUGCUAUUGUGAAUAACUUCGUGUUCUUGUUGGGCGGGGAAGAACUGGGCCCGGAUGGCGAAUUCCAUGCUUCUUCCAAAGUGUUCAGGUAUGACCCGAGACAAAACUCUUGGCUCCGGAUGGCAGACAUGUCUGUACCACGUUCAGAAUUUGCAGUUGGUGUUAUUGGAAAGUUUAUUUACGCGGUAGCAGGCAGAACCAGAGAUGAGACUUUCUAUUCAACAGAGAGAUAUGAUAUCACCAAUGAUAAAUGGGAAUUUGUGGAUCCUUAUCCAGUUAACAAAUAUGGACAUGAGGGGACAGUGCUCAAUAACAAGUUGUUUAUCACUGGUGGAAUCACCUCAUCUUCCACCUCCAAACAAGUGUGCGUGUUUGACCCCAGUAAAGAAGGGACCAUAGAACAGCGGACCAGGAGAACUCAAGUAGUUACCAACUGUUGGGAGAAUAAGAGCAAAAUGAAUUACGCUAGAUGCUUUCACAAGAUGAUUUCUUACAACGGCAAGCUUUAUGUCUUCGGUGGUGUCUGUGUGAUCUUGAGGGCCUCUUUUGAGUCUCAGGGAUGCCCUUCCACAGAAGUGUACAACCCAGAGACUGAUCAGUGGACCAUCUUGGCGUCCAUGCCAAUUGGUAGAAGUGGCCAUGGUGUGACUGUGCUGGAUAAACAGAUAAUGGUUCUUGGAGGCCUUUGCUACAAUGGUCAUUACAGCGAUUCUAUUCUUACUUUUGAUCCGGAUGAAAACAAAUGGAAGGAAGAUGAGUACCCGCGGAUGCCCUGCAAGCUGGAUGGUUUACAAGUAUGCAACCUGCAUUUUCCAGAAUAUAUACUGGACGAGGUCAGACGUUGCAACUAAUGGCAUCUUUCUCCCUUCAAAAAAGCCAAACAGAAAAUUUGAGACAAAGUAGUUAAUUUAAAAAUAUAAAGAAAAACCUCACCAGUUUUACUAUCAAAGCCAUUGGUCUAAUACAUAAAAAUAUUUUCGUUCUGUUCUCGCAUCCUUUUUUUUCUUUUUAGUGGCCUCAAACUCAUGCAAUAAGUCAAUUCUAAGCACUAGCUCUUGAAACUACUUCCAGAAGCAGUUUAAUAGAACGAUUCACUUAUCUGGGAAGUUGAUGUUAUGCUUUAAACAUUUCUUUCAAAUGUCAGUGUAGGAGUCAUGCAUCUUCUAAGAGAAGACCUGAUAAGUGUCACUGGAUGUAAUUUCAGUUCCUAUCUCUAUCUGAAAUCUUUUUGAACAUUUAUUUCGGUGUAUUGCAGUCUGUUAGACUUUUUGAUUUUAUUUUUUAAGUUUAAAACUCUUGACCUUUUUGCAUGGCUUUUUGCUGAAAAUGCAAAAAUAUAAAUUUUCUACAAAUUUAACUUUUUUAUAUUCAAAACACUAUUUCUAAGCUGCCUUCUCUUAUCUGCAUUGUGUUAGUGAAAGCAUAUCCAUACUUGCUUACAUCUUAUGAAUAUAUAAGGCACAUCCCCUUUUAUGCGUGGUUAGGAUUCUAUAUUUUUAAGCUAGUGCACUUGCACACACGGUUUGCCAUACUUGUUGUAUUCUAGAUGUAACGUCUUUUCAUGUGUUAACAUUUUUAGAAAGUUAAAAUAACUGGAGUCCUCGUUUGGUAUCAGAGUAGCCUAUCUUCAGUCCAUACUGAUUCAGUAAUAUUCAAACUUAUAUUCCUGAAACAUGUAUGGCUUUAUGAAAACUAACAUUUUAUGUUUUAUUUUCAAAAGUAAACGUUAGUGUUGCUUAUCGAUGUAUGUCUUCUUUUUGAAAAUGUUUUUCUUUGCAGUCUGUUUAAUGUUACCCUCUUUUUAGUGAGAAUUGGAGUGGUAUAUGACAAGCCCUGGCCCUGCAGCGUGCAAGCACUUUUAAAGAGAAUUUAGGUAAUACCAGACUCCUAAAUAAAGGCCCCUUAAAAGUAAGUGCAACUCCCAUUCUUUACAUUCAAUAAGGCUGCUGCAUCUGUUAUUGAAUGGAAAGUAGCAACUUGGGGAAAAUUUGAGCUCAGUUUUGACUUAGGAAUAGAACUAUAAUCUUAACUGGUCAUAUCUACUUGUUUAUUUAGUACAAAAUAUUUAGUGGCACUGGGGAUGUAAGCCCUCAGCUUUUGUUUUAUUUACUGAAAGCUACUAGCAUGAAGGAUAGUAACCUCAAAGUUCAGAAUGGAUCAAGAAUAACUGUUUAAAAGCAUUUAUAAUAAGUGUUUUAGGAUUAUUAGCCGCACCUUUAAACUCGAAGAAAAAACGUAUAGUUGUCAAAAUUAAGCAAGAAUAACCAGGGAGUGGAUCCUUCAAAUUGAUGCCAUUUUCUUCUGAGUAGACUCUAUAUAUGAUACAGACUAGAUCUACACUGGCAAAACUUGCCAGAUCUUAGGAUAUUGGUGCAAUAUUGCAAUGCCUUCUAUAUGGCUGUUGUAUAAAUUUUCUAGUUUCACUUUUUUUUUUGCUGCUGCCACCACUGAAUAUAAAAUGGAAGAGUGAAGUCAUGGAAAUGUGAAGACUUAUUUCAUUUUUGCAAUUAAAAUAGACAACUAUGAAAAAAACCUGAUUUUAAAACUCUACAACUGGAGGCUAGAAACAGUCAGGUACAUAAGUAGUUUUGUAAAAAGCAAAACAUUGGGGUUGGUUUUAGAAAUCAAGUUAAUAUUCUUUUGUAUAUGAGAGUUAAAUUUUUUUUAAGUGGUCCUAUCAUUUACUUUCAGUUUCUAAAAACGAAAUUCAGUAUCCUGUUUCCCAUGGUAAUAUGGGUAAAAGUCUUUUUCUACAUCUUAAAAAUCAUUUUUAGUCGUUUUAUUUUUGAAAGCUAGGAGUUAGAUUAGCCGUUUAAUUCUUUUUCUAAUAUAUUAGUUGGCUUAGUGUUUUAUAUGUGUGCCAUCUUGCUUUAAAGAAAAUAACAGUAACGUCUUCAUUAUUUUCCUCAUUGUUGUCUUUUGCUGGAAAAGACCGAGAACAGGGUACCCCAUCAGGCUUUUACACUCCAGUGGUGGUUCUCUUUAAUUGCUUAGAUAUGACUUCGUAGUCCUAGUUAAAGUAAGAUCUGGGCAAACAAUUGAAUAUUCUUGGUCUUCAUUGUAAAAACACAAGACCAAGAUCAAAGUUCAUGUUUUGGAAAAUUUGUGAAAUCUUUUAACUUGAACUAACUCUGGGUUUAGCUUCACACGUUAAGUCAUGUCUGACCUGAUGUUAGCUGUAAUCAGUUUUGAGCUUUAAGAAUAGUUGUUAUUGCUUGGGUUCUGAAUGUAUGAGAAAACUCUUCUGUUUAUAUGUAGUGCUAAUUUAGGUUAUUUUGAAUCCAUGAUUAACUUACAUUCCCUUUUAAAAUUAUGGUUUAAUUGCUGAAAGAGAUUUAUUUUUGUUAUACUAAACUAUGGAAAAUUUUUUCAUAGAAUUUUUUUCAAGUUUAUUUUUUGUGUGCUUCAUUUGGAACCAUUUUUGUUUAUAUACAUUAUAUGUGCUCAAAAUAGUUUUUUUUUAAUUCAGUAAGAUUUAAAACUAUACAGUGUAAUUGCUGUGAUCUUUGUGUGUUAAUUUUCACUUUACAUUUUAAAUGCCAGACUUUACAAAAAUAGCUGAUCUUUGUUGAUUGCAUCUUAAUUAGAAACAUUUGUUCUCUUCCAUGUCUUUGACCUUCUAAGUUUUUAUUUUAAUCUGCUUAAAGAAAAUCCUUGCACUACAACCUUUUCAUAAAAUUCAAGAUUCUCACGUUGAAGGUUUUGUAUUGGAAGAAAUACUACUGGUUUUUAAAAAGUAAAGCUUAAUUAGUAGAAUUAUUAGCUUUUCUUGAGACAACUUUCUCUGUGUCCUCAUUACUCUGUGUGAGUGUUACUAUAAUUUGUGAAAUAUUGACUGAGCCCUUCACUUAUCUUUUCUAAAGCAGCACCUUUGGACACCUCAUUCUGGGAAGCCUGCUCGAGUCAUAGUAAAGGACACACACAUUUGUGUGGGGAGAAGUGGUAAAAAUGGUUUUGUCUUAAUUACAUGAAACUAAGCUUUAAAAUAUUUUAUAACAAAUUAUUUGAGCUGCAUUAUCUAAACAUGUCAAACGUUCAGUGGGACUAUUUUUAUAUAUGUAUAUGUGGUUGUAGGUCAUAACAUUUCAGUUUAUAAUAUAAAUCGUUAUUUCAGUUUAUAAGCUAUCUCUCAGAAAAGACUAGCUCUUUUGAGAAUACGUAAUUUAAAAUUUUAGACUGAAGUAAAACACAACAUAGAUAAUAGUGUAAAUUAGAUAUAAAUGAGGGCUAUAUGGCAGUAAAACUGCUAGUGCCAUUUUUCCUGUUUGCCUAUUACACAUUUUUUAUUUUUUUUUGUACUCUGAACAUUUUUAGGGAUCAUGUGUUCUAUCAGAUUAGAGUUGGUUUAGGGAUAAAUAUCUUCUAAAAAGAGAUUUAUCUUAAAAAUGAAAGUUCUGAAAAAUUAGUUUAUCAAGAGUUUAUAAAGUCAAAUAUUCAAUAGACAUAGACUGGAAUAGGUAAACUCAUGGAAGUCGUUUCCUUUCAGUAUACCAGUAUAACUUCAAUAUUACACGAGUAACAUUGAGAGAAUGCCAUCAGCUUUGUUUGUUCCUCCUUAAUGUUCUUAGAUUUUCUUUUUACAUCUUUGGGAACAACUACAUUAAAAACCUUAUUAAUCAGUGUAUCAGUAAGGAUUAGGUGUUUGCUUUCUGAAGGAAUGUUCCAGUGAGGUGAUCAGAGAGGUUAUUUUCUAUCUAACUUGUAUAUGCCCUAUACCCCUUGGGCAUAUUUUGUCUAUAGAAAAAAUAUUUUGACCUUUAGGUACAUUUUGGGCCAGUAGUCAAAUAAUCCUAGGGCCGAUUUAAAAAUCUUAGAAUAAUUUAAGGUUUGCCUUUUAUACCUGUUUUGGAAGCCUUUACAUUUUUGUCAGGUAAUUUUUCCCAAGCCGUGAAUAUAAUCUAUUCAAAACAUGUUUAUGCUAUCCAUUCUGU